AACACAACAUCUCCUAAAGGCUGACAGCUCUAAAGAAAAAGUUAGAUUAAUCUCAGGAGAUGCCAAACACAGUUAUGAAGAGCCUCAAGUUUUUAGCGGCAGAGGGCUUCGUCCAGAAUGGCCCAGAUGCAUGUAAGAGCCUCAAUUGCUUGCCUUGCAAUCUCUACCCAAUUAUUUUUAAGGCCAGCUAUCUGCGUGAGGAGCCCACAGUGCUCCGUGACUUGGUUCAGAGGUGGCCUCUCGCAGAGCUCAACUUGUGCAAGUUACUGGGCAAAACAGCUGACUGUCCAGAUGAUCUGACUUCCCGCACCUGCAGACUCUGUCUGGAGGCCUUUCUAAAAGGACUGAAGGACUAUGUGCUCCAAGCUUCAAGCACUUAUGCAAAAAUGCUUCAUGUAGUGGAUAUGAUUGGCCUUCAAGACACAGAACACCAGGUCUGUCCAUGCAGACGUACGCUUGGUCGUUGGGCUAGGACCAAACUGCUUACUUGCAUGUGCUAUGAGACUAUGGUGUCCAUGCAGGCUGGCCAAGCAGCACCAUCAGCCUUUGAUGUGGAGGUCGAUGUCCAUCUUGAUGCCUUUGUUACUGGAAGGAACUAUGAAGUGGUGGCCCAGUCUCUAUUGCUGCGCAGACAUUGCCCAUUAAAGCUGCACUUUGUAGGCUUACGUGUGGACUCGCUGGCCCUCAAGAAUCUCUUUUACUUGCUGAAGCUGGUGGAAUCACAUGGCCUACAGAAGCUGGAAGUGGUGCACAAUGUGCACCUGGAGGCUCCACACAUUGAGGUAAUGCUCUCACAGCUAAAGUUCCCUCAGCUGCGCUCGCUCACGUUUCCAGCACAGGCUUUGAAUGUACACAGGUUGAGUCCAGAUGAUGAGGGCCUCUUGGGAGUUCUGGGUGAACUGAUGAGCAAACUGACUGAGCUAAGAGAGCUCUAUUUGGGCUUCUCCACUCUCACUGGACACCUGAGAAAACUGCUGAGUCCACUCCAAACUCCACUGCAGUGUAUAGAGCUAGCAAACUGCAACAUCAACGCAAUCGACAUGGCCUACUUUGCCAACAGCCUGCACAGUGAGCACUUAGUAAAGCUGGACCUCAGUGGUCACGGGGUAGCUGACCUCUUCCCGAACACAUUUCGGAAGCUCCUGCAUCACUGUUCUGCCACACUCACCAGCCUGUGUCUGGAAGAGUGUGGUUUGGAUGAAGAGAGUCUGCAUCUUCUCAGCGAAGCACUGGCACCCUGCCAGGGGCUCCAGGAAUUCAAGAUCUUAGGCAACCCGUUAAGCACAGCUGCCCUGCACCAUCUCUUCGGUGUGCUGGCUCAGGGUUUUCCAGCUCUGAGGUAUAUUGAGUUGCCCGUCCCCCGUGACUGUUAUUCUGAUGAUGUGACGUACCCACUGGACGAGAGGACACUGCUUAAUUAUGAUAGAGAGAAGUUCCAGCUAGCCAGGACUGAACUUGUAGGCAUCCUUGAAAGAGCGGGGAAAGGACAUGUUGAAGUUUGCACACCAUUGCUUGGAGCUUACGAUCCUGACAUCAAUGAGACAAAUAAUGAGCUUGGAGUAUCCAUGUUGCAUUCUUUCAACAGUGUCAUAGGCAACUUCCUUGAUGCAGUGAAUAGUGUUAACCAACGGAGAGAGCAAAGAAUGAUGGAGUGAGCCUGUUUAUGGUGAAUAAGUCUAUCUUAGCACUUUUGUAAACAUACAUAUAUAGUUUUUUCUUUAACUUGACGCAUUUUCAUGUGCAAGAUUUUAAUUUUUAUUAAAGGGUAUUUCACAGAAUAGUGGCAGAACUGGAUUGCUGGAAUUUUGAGUGCUGUCAUUUUCCACCACGACUUGUAAUCACUAUCACAGGAUGUGAUGUGCUAGUGGUGACUGUGCUUGUGAUGACAUCUUUGUAAUUUUUACACAAAACAAAAAACAAAAACUUAGCCUCAUAGACGACUAGCAAGUCUAGCUGGAUAGCUACAUGUACAGUACAUUAAAUAGAAAAUAAUUAAAAGUCAUCAAAAUAUUUUACAAAAAUAUAACUUGUUUGGUGUUGACACAAUAAGUGUACAUGCCUAUCACUAAGAAUAAAGAGUAAAUUUUCUUAACUUUCUGGACCUCAAAACACCAGUCUUCAUUCUUGACAGACAUGUGCUCCACUAGGACAGAGACGGGCCACUUAUAUUAAAAUGAAUAAGAGAAAUUGGAAUGGCCAACCAUGAAGCGCUAGCCGGAUGUAGAAACGAAUUCCGCCUUACAGUUAAAAGAGUCAAUCACCUUUUAAAUACAGACAUCGCCUGUCAAUCAUCUCGAAAACGCGCAUGCGUAUUAGCUAUAAAAACCGGAAAAAUUGCGUAUUUUAGCAUAAUCUGAGGUAAAGCAGCAUAAUUUAUGAUACAAGCGUUGUCAGAUUGUACUGCUGAUUUGAAAUAUGUACUUUGAUCGUAAUUUUGACCAACUGUUUUUGAGAUUUCAGUGUUCCCCCAUUCAAGAAGAUAGGAGCUGCACAGCAUGACUGGAAAUAGCAGCACCCAUUUGAAACGCUUGUUGUCUAUUUACAUAAAGCACCUUUAAGGGACAGGUACAAAUUAAAGUAAAUAAAGAACAAAAUCCAGAUGUAUACUUAACAUUUGCUAAUAAUAUACUAGCUUAAACAGUUUAAUAAAAUACUCAAUUCACAAUUUUGUAGGGAAUCUUUAAUAAAACAUGGCAUUAUAUUUGAAAACAUGCAUUUAUUUAUUUUUUACCAUAAAACACAAAUAAAUGCACCAAAAUAAUCAUAUUGAGGCACAAUAACUAAAUGUCUAAAUGGACAUUUAAAACGUGUUUUGGUGAAUAGGGUAAAAUAGAGAAACAAUGAAGAAACCACACGCAUGUAUUAUAUAUACACAUUAUUUUGAACAUGUAAAUUAAUU